AUGCAGGUGGCAGAGAUUCAGGCCCGGUCCAGUCAUAUGGAGGUGAUGAAUUCCAAUCUGAACUCAGACCUGACCAAGUGUGAGACGACUCGGAAGCAGAACGCAGCAGAGGCCAUCCAACAACAGGAUCUCCACCAGAAGAACCAUGACAACCAGGUGGAGCGCUUACUGAUGGAGCAGAACCGACUGCGAGACCAGAAGAAGCUCCAGGAGGACAGCCUGGCUUUGAAGACCAGUGAGCUGGACACUGUCAAGAGCAUGCUGGCCAACUGCAAGCCCAAGACCGGAGGACCCCUGGCUCCAGCACAGAACAAACCAAACUGGACUUCCAAUGGGAAGACGCCCACGGUGCGAUGA